UUAAAAUUUUGAAAUAGCUCCUUUUCUCACGCACAUGUGUGGCUUCUCGAUCCUCCUCUAGUGUAGGAAGCAUGUCGGACCAAGAGAGGAUCCAGGAAUGCCUGCGCAAGGAGAUUCGCUCGCUGCUCAUCUCCACCAAGGAUGGGCUGACCCCGCAGCAGCUAGAGAGGGAAUACCUCUCGAUGGUGGGCAACCACCUGCCUCUCCGAAUCCUGGGGUACCGCUCCACCAUGGAGCUGGUCCUGGACAUGCCAGACGUGGUCAGCGUCUGCCCCUGCGGCGACGGCACCGUCAUCCUCAAAGCCAUUCCAGAUGAAACAACCAAAGGAAUAGCAAGUUUAGUGGCAAAACAAAGAAGUAGUAACAAGCUUCGAAAUUCCACACAGAAGGGAAGGGCAAAUGUUGGUUCUAGUUCUGGUUCUCGUCGGAGACUACCUUACCGGGGAAGGAUACCCCCCAUUCUUCCAGCUGUGGUAAAGAGUGAGCUAAGGGACCUCCUGGCUUUUUCUCCAAUACUCCUUUCUGAUUUUGAAAAGGCUUUUGCAAAGCGAUUUGGACGGUCAUUCCAAUAUAUGCAAUAUGGAUUUCUUUCUAUGUUUGAAGUUCUGAGUGCAGCUUCAGAUAUCAUUGCUGUUGAGCAGACCAGGGCAGGUUCUUUGUUGACCUUAAAACGAAAUCUACCAAGUGAACAGAAGAGGGGGUUACCAGCAGGUAAAACACCACAAGUUGGAACAAAACAACCCAAAUCCUCCUUGCCAACACCUAUAGUAAGGACAUAUUUAUCAGAACCUGCCUCAGCUACUGAACCACUGAAACAGCCACAUCCAGUAAAAACAACAGAAUUGAAUGGCAUGGAGACAUCAUGUUUGGACCAGUCUGAAAAAUUAAACCAGCUCGAAAAUACAUUCAAAUCGGUGAUUGCACAAAUUGGACCAGGAGGGACAAUCAAUUCAGAGCUAAAGAAGAAAAUUAAAUUUGUUGCAUCAAAAUUUCCACAGGGAUUGCUUAUUUCUAAAUUGCUUGGAGAAUUUGAGGCAGUUUUUAAAGAGCCACUUUCACCAAAGAGAUUGGGAUUUUUAAAUGUGGCAGAGCUUGUUGGAUCUCUUAGUGACAUUCUUCAUGUUGAGUUCAGGGAAGGUGAACAAGACUUAUUGGUGUUUGAUGCAGAGAUGAAGCAUUUGACAACAGAUAAGAAUAUAGAAGAUCAAGCCAGUAUGUCCAGUCCCCCCAGAAACUCCCUUUCAUCUCCGGAUAUUAAAGACACUUCCUGGAAUUAUUCUGUAGAAAAGCAUAGAGAUAUAGAAGAGAAGGUCUGCAAGAAAUUCAACCUGGUCACAAAGCCUGUGCCCCUGCAUAUGGGAAUGAAACAAUCACAGCUCAACUUGGAGAUGUCUGGCUAUGAGAUCCCACCAGAUGCUGUGCAGAACAGGAAACUCUGCAGCCUUCCUCCAUUAGACAGCAGCACCCUUGUCGGGGUCUUUGUAGAGUACAUCAUCUCUCCUAGUCAGUUUUAUAUUCGAAUCUAUAGCAGGGAUUCAUCCGAGUUACUGGAAGACAUGAUGAUUGAAAUGAGGCGCUGCUAUUCCAAUCAGCUAGUAUCUGAUCGCUACAUCAUGCCAGAAUCUUUUAUCCAACCUGGCCAUCUUUGUUGUGUAAGGAUUUCUGAGGAUAAGUGGUGGUACCGGGUCAUUAUUCACCGAGUUCUUGGGAAGCAAGAAGUUGAAGUGUUCUACCCUGAUUUUGGAAAUUUGGGAACUGUUCAAAAGUCCUCUCUGAGGUUUCUCAAGUGCUGCUAUAUCAAGCUUCCUGCUCAGGCCAUUCCUUGUUCCCUGGCUUGGGUGAGACCCAUAGAGGAGCAUUGGACGCCCCAAGCAAUUUUGCAAUUCCAGAAGCUGUGUGGCUUGAAGCCAUUGGUGGGAGUAGUGGAUGAGUAUGUUGAUGGAGUCCUCAACCUCUUUUUGUGUGAUACAUCCUCAAAUGAAGACAUCUAUUUUCAUCAUGUCCUGAGAGCAGAAGGCCAUGCCAUUGUCUGCCGAGAAAAUGUCCCAUCUAAGGGUUUCAGAGAGCUCAACCCCUUAGCCUUGUAUACAAAAUGCAGUCCAAGGCCUGAAGAACCUGGUUUGACAGAACUAGGUCUUCCUUCUCAUCAGCAUUAUUUUAAUGAGGACAGAGAAAUAACAAGUCCAGAAAAUGAAUUGAUAUCUCCGAGAGGUGCUGGUGACCGCACAUCUAUCAGCUACUUGGAACCUGAAGCAGAGAUGCUCUUUCUAGGCUCAGACAUAAGUUCCCCAGAAGCCCAGGAUGAAGACUGCCAAGAAAGCCAAGAGCUUGAGUAUCCCAUUGAGAUGCCGUACCUUGAGUCCGUGUCUAUAGGUGAUGAUGUGUGGGACGAAAACUGGCUGCCUCUGCAGAGUGACAGAGAGAAGAGAAAUGGGAAUGCCGCGCUCCUGUUUACAUCAGGACGGAAGCAGUGUCAGCCGUGCCAAGAGUCACUGCAGAAGGAAUGGUGUUCUGCUGCUGAAGAACUGUGGAACGCUGCAUGGCAGCAUUCUGAGUCAGAGAAUGAUAUGAAGAUUGAACUUAAAACAUCAGAAUUCCAGGAACAGGAUGCUCAGGAAACUAUCACUGACAUAGCCAAGAGCCACAAGGACAAUGACCUUUGGAUGGGAAAGGACAGAACAAAAAUGGCUAAUAGAGAAUUGAUACCCAAGAUAAGUAAGGAAAUUAUAAAACAGCGCCUAGCUGCCCUUGAUGAAUUCAAGACACCUGGCCGAAAUAAACUACAUCCUCAGCAACUAAAUCUAGAAGAUUCUUCAGAUUCUUCCACACUGUCCAAAUCAUUGGAAGAUUUCUACAUCUCUCUGAUCCAUUCUCAGCAGUCAGCAGAAUUGAACCAUUCUGAGCCUGGUCGUGUUCAAACUCUGCCAAAGCAAAUUCAGCUUUCUACAGCAGCACUUACCUGUAAUUUACUUCCCACAGUGGUUGAUUCCCAGGAGAAGCACACUGGUUUAAAGGAAAUUGCUCCAGAAAAUAUGAAGAAUGAGGAUUUCUCUGGCAACCACGCCCUUACCAUGUUCAAAGACAGCACCUGUGCCCAGGGAUCCAUGGAACAGAUCUCUUUUAUACUCUCUCCCGAGCAUAGUGUGUCCCAGAAGCUCUUCAUCCCUCGGAGCACAGCUACAGCAGCACUGGGAGCCGCCGCACGUCUGGCCAUGUCUAGUAGCCUUCUACAUUGGUAUCCCAGAUUGAGAAGAAUGGAAGCAUGAGGGGAGGGGAAGAGAAAAAAACAAACUAGAUGGGGUAGACAGGGUAAUAAGCCUUAAAUAUUUUCCAUAUCCAAAAAGAAGCAAAAUGAUUUAAGAUAGUUGAUAUAUCUUGCCUUUUCCUUAUUGUGUGACUGUACAUUGGCUCUCUUAGGCAAACAGUCCACUUUGACUUAGAAAAUAGGCAGUUGAUGUUCUUUAUUUUUAAGUAGAGAUAGUGGUUCUUAUGCUGUAUGGUUAUGUUGAUCUUUCUUUUUAGCAGUGAUUCAAACUGAUGGUUGCUUAAUGGAAACCCUAUAAAUAUUUUUUUCUUUUUACAUGUCUGAUAAUUUAAUGAGAAAAAAUGGAUAAGGUUUUGUGAUCCAUGUUUAAGAAGAAAAUCUCUUCCUCCCAUAUAGGAAAUCUAAAAGUUUUUUUUUCCCCUUUGUUGAAUUUGAAUUUUUUUAGGUGAAAAGAAGUGAUAAUUCAAAGGCUUUUACCCCUUACCUCUGCCACUUUAUAUUACAACUUUUUCCGUUCUCAGUAAUAAAACCUAUAUUCCUUGGAGGCUUUAUUUUUGGCUUAGUUUAGCUCACUUUGAUUUUUAAAUUGAGGCAAUAUAUUUUGUAAUGUAGAGAAAUCUCCUAAAGAGUAGCAUAAUAGCCUAAAACUUUAAUUGCCUUCUAUAGCUAUAGCCAGAAAUAUGUAAAGAUAAAGUUCCUAAGUGAUAAUGGUUUUAGGAUUUAUAAAACAUACACUCUACUAAGCCAACCAGAUUCUGUGACUUGCUUUUUGACAUGCCAUUUAGUUCAUAGAAAAAAUGGUAUUUAUUGAAUAGAAAUUUUGAACUAAAUAAGCAAUGCUAGUUGACUUUUCAUGGUAAAAUAAUAUUCUAAAUUGAUAAUCAACUUAGCUGUUUUGAAUGGGAUUUUUUUCUCCACAGUAAGUAACAGAAACUAUUGAAGAGAUGCAAGAAGGUUGAAGUAGCUUAAAUUACCUUGUUAGUUGCAAGGAAAAAGCGCUAUUUACACCUUUUUUUACUUCAAAAGGAGAAAUUUAAGACACAGAUCAGUUAGGUUUAACUUUCCAUACCUUGGAGUGACUUUAAACCCCUUCCAUCAGUUUUAUCACUAAAUUUCUAUCAGUGGAAGGAAUUACUUAUAUAAAUAUAUUCUAUGUAAAAAAGAUUAUUGUUCACCAAACCUUUCUUAAGAAUCACUUAGUUAUGAAAAAAGGCAACCCAGGUACUUUGGAUGCUGAUAAGACAGUGGUUUAAAAUGUUGUAAAGUUUUGAAAAAAUAUUUUACUGUUAAAUACAGGGACAUUAUCAGGAUGAUGAUAUGCCUAAUUUUUUAAUGUAUUUUUUUUUAAUUUUACUGGUAGUUGGCACAGCUGGCUAAAACUAAAGCAAACUAAUAUUGUAAUUUUAGCAACCCAUACGCUAGGAAACUUUGAUGAGUCAUAAACAAUAUGAGUCAGUGAUCAAUUAAUAGCAUCUAUGGUGUUGUGUGACUAUUUGGACAUUAUUUGAUGCGGGUGGGAGAAUUCCCAUUAUAUAAUGUAGGUUUCAGUAGUUUUCUGAAUGUGUAAUGAUAGGUUUCCAAGGGUUGAACAGCUUAAAAAAUGAUGAUCCUUAGAAUUUUCCAUGAGAAAAAAAAGAAAGAAAUAAGGAAAAGUAUUCAUUAAUGUCCCCUUACCAACUCAAGUAUCUAAUUCUCUUAUCUGUGUUUUAAUACUUUAUUCUUUGAGAUACUGAUAGUAAAUUUUCCUCUGUAGAUACAGGUCAUAAAGCAAAUGUUCACCUGCUAAAAUUACUGUCCUUUAAAUAAUACAACCAAGUUACCAGGAAAAGAUCUGCCAAAAUGUGAAGUUGUUUUUCUUAGUAAUAUACUUAGUUCUAAACCACACAGAAUAAACUUCACAACUGGGCAAAUUAGAUGA